AUUUGCCGGAAGCGGGUGUCGAUGACGUCAAAAUUUCGCUCUCUGGGUGAUUCCGGAAGAAACAGGGUUGCGGCGUGAACAUGGGGAAACAAAAGAAAGCAAGAAAGUAUGCGACCAUGAAACGAAUGCUUAGUCUGAGAGAUGAGAGACUCAAAGAAAAGGAUAGAUUAAAACCUAAAAAGAAAGAAAAGAAAGAUCCCAGUGCUCUAAAGGAAAGAGAAGUCCCCCAACAUCCUUCCUGCUUAUUCUUCCAAUAUAAUACACAGUUGGGCCCACCUUAUCAUAUCCUGGUUGAUACCAACUUUAUCAACUUUUCUAUCAAAGCCAAAUUGGACUUGGUACAAUCGAUGAUGGACUGUCUAUAUGCCAAGUGUAUCCCUUGUAUAACUGAUUGUGUUAUGGCUGAAAUUGAGAAAUUGGGACAGAAGUAUCGAGUGGCUCUAAGGAUUGCCAAGGAUCCACGAUUUGAACGAUUACCUUGUACACAUAAAGGGACCUAUGCAGAUGACUGCUUAGUGCAGAGAGUAACUCAGCACAAGUGUUACAUUGUGGCCACGGUUGAUCGGGACCUUAAACGGAGAAUCCGGAAGAUCCCUGGAGUUCCUAUCAUGUACAUUUCUAACCACAGAUACAACAUCGAGAGGAUGCCAGAUGAUUAUGGAGCCCCUCGGUUCUAAUUCUUACAAGACAGAGUUCUCUACCUUCCUCCAACCACUUUUCUGCUUUCAGUUCAUUGAACAUGCUAUAGCAUGAAUUAUUAUUCACCUUAUUUGCUCUGUUAUCAGCUAGGUAUGGUUAAAUACAUUCAUUUUUUGAUGCUUUUUUGAAAAUGGUAAUUUGUCUACUUUAAAAUUUGUUGUCUUUUUAUAAAUUAGAUGCUCCCAUGGUUGUUCACAUAAUUUGAUUUACUCAACAAACAUUUAAGUUUAUGCUACAUACUUACUAAAGUAUGUUCCUGUUCUUAAGACACUUACAUAGAAGAAAAAGACAUAUAAAUGAAUAAAUACCAUCAAAUAAGUCAGACAUGGUGGUGUCUACCUGUUAAUGCCAGCACUUGGGAGAAUCGCUGCAAGAUCUAGGCCAGCUUGGGCUAUAGAGUGAGUUCAGGGCCAGCCCAAAUUACAUAAUGAAAUCACCUCAAAAAACAAGGAUGUGGCCUUCCCUUUACAGGAACAACCAGAAGGAUACGUGAAUCAUUUUCACUCUUCGUACUUUGGCUGCAAGUUCUAGCUGCAAGAGAUGCUAGGAAAGUCUCCAGUCCAAGGACCCAGCUACACAUUUCAUUACUGUGGAAAAGGGGGCCAUGAGUACUUUGGGGUGUUUGCACAGACGAAAAUCACAUGGCUUGACUGUAGUUGACCUGUUCAGAUGAGUGCCAGGACAUUUUUAUGACUAAAACAUAGACCUUACCGGGAGAUAUCCUGUACCCACAUCUGAGAGAGGGCCUUAUAUAGCAUUUCAAAGGAUUUGGACUUGAUCCUGAGAAUUCUAAAAUAACAGGAAGAAUCUAAACACUAUAAAAAGAUUAAUGAAUGUAUUAAAAUUACAGGUUUCUGUGGAAGCUACUUUGUUCCUUCACACGAGAAGCAACUGAUCAGAUUUUCCAGCAUAUGUAUUCAAGGGUGUGGGGAAACUUUUAUGGGGUUUUUAAAAAUGUUUUAAUUUUAUUUUUUAUUAAUACAUAGUUUUCAUAUAUAAAGAUGACAUCAUCAUAAGGAAUUUGUUCCUGUACAUACUAUAUCUUAGUUCUUUUCUUUUUCAACUCCUCCCUUCCUGUCAACCCUGCUCCCUGUACAUGUACUCAAGCUUUGUUUCUAUUUUUCACUUUCUUUCUCUGUGGGUACUCAGGUUGAUGAGUACAAACAGGCAUAACCAUUUUAGAUUGUUGAUUGAAAGGAUGCAUUAAAAUAAAAAUUACUGCUUUUUUUGUGACUCCCUCA